AUGGCUGAAGUCAAUGGUCAUGCCGGCAAGGCGCACACCAACGGCACCGUUCCCGUUGCAAACGGCCACGUAUCAUAUGCUGCGAAGCACAAGCUGGCAGACCACUUCAUCGGAGGUAACAGGCUGGAAAACGCAGUUGCAGGCCCGGUGAAGGACUUUGUAGCUGCCCACGAUGGUCAUACCGUCAUCACGAAUGUCUUGAUUGCCAACAAUGGUAUUGCGGCAGUGAAGGAGAUUCGAUCAGUGCGGAAAUGGGCCUACGAGACCUUCGGCAAUGAACGGGCAAUUCAAUUCACCGUCAUGGCCACGCCCGAGGAUUUGCAGGCCAAUGCGGAUUACAUCCGAAUGGCAGAUCAAUACGUUGAGGUUCCUGGAGGGACGAACAACAACAACUACGCCAAUGUGGAAUUGAUUGUGGAUAUUGCUGAACGCAUGAACGUACAUGCUGUUUGGGCUGGAUGGGGUCAUGCUUCAGAAAACCCAAAGCUGCCGGAAUCCUUGGCUGCGUCGCCGAAAAAGAUCGUUUUCAUCGGUCCUCCAGGUUCUGCGAUGCGAUCCCUCGGUGACAAAAUCUCUUCCACAAUCGUUGCACAACAUGCGCAAGUUCCCUGCAUACCGUGGUCUGGGAGUGGUGUUGAUCAGGUCGAGGUGAACGAGGAAGGCAUUGUCACAGUCAGCGAUGACGUUUAUAUGAAGGGUUGCGUCCAAUCCUGGCAGGAGGGUCUCGCGAAAGCGAAGGAGAUUGGCUUCCCAGUCAUGAUCAAGGCGUCAGAAGGUGGUGGUGGGAAGGGUAUUCGUAAGGCCGAAAAGGAGGAAGGUUUUGAGGCCCUUUACAAGGCCGCGGCCAGCGAAAUUCCCGGAUCGCCAAUCUUCAUCAUGAAGCUCGCAGGCAAUGCCCGACAUUUGGAGGUUCAACUAUUGGCUGACGAGUACGGAAACAACAUUUCGCUCUUUGGCAGAGAUUGUUCCGUCCAACGAAGACAUCAGAAGAUUAUCGAGGAAGCCCCCGUCACGAUUGCGAAGCCGUCAACCUUCCAAGCUAUGGAGAAGGCAGCGGUUCGUCUGGGUCGCCUGGUGGGUUAUGUCUCUGCUGGUACCGUCGAAUACCUCUACUCGCAUGCGGACGACAAGUUCUACUUCUUGGAAUUGAACCCCAGAUUACAAGUAGAGCACCCAACUACUGAGAUGGUCAGUGGAGUCAACUUGCCCGCCGCGCAGCUUCAGAUUGCUAUGGGUCUCCCGCUGCACCGAAUUCGCGACAUCAGAUUGCUAUAUGGGGUCGACCCACAAACUUCCAGCGAGAUCGAUUUUGAUUUCUCGAAGGAGAGCAGCUCACAAACGCAACGCCGUCCCACCCCCAAGGGCCACACAACGGCCUGCCGUAUCACAUCCGAAGAUCCAGGAGAGGGGUUCAAGCCAUCCAGUGGUAUGAUGCACGAAUUGAACUUCAGGAGUAGUUCUAAUGUCUGGGGUUACUUUUCCGUGAGCAAUGCCUCCAGUAUCCACAGUUUUUCAGACAGUCAAUUUGGUCACAUCUUCGCCUACGGAGAGAACCGGUCAGCAUCCAGAAAGCAUAUGGUUGUCGCUCUGAAAGAGCUGAGUAUUCGUGGUGAUUUCCGGACCACCGUUGAGUACCUUAUUAAGCUUUUGGAAACUCCCGCGUUCGAGGACAACACCAUUACCACCGGAUGGCUUGACGAGCUCAUCUCCAACAAAUUGACUGUGGAGCGGCCGGACCCUAUGAUCGCCGUUGUUUGCGGUGCUGUUUGCAAGGCCCAUAUUGCCAGUGAAGCCUGUAUUUCCGAGUACCGGACAAGCUUGGAGAAGGGUCAGGUACCUGCAAAGGACAUCUUAAAGACUGUCUUCCCAAUCGACUUCAUCUACGAUGGUCACCGAUACAAGUUCACGGCCACACGCUCAAGCUUGGAUAGUUAUCACUUGUUCAUCAACGGCUCGAAAUGCUCAGUUGGUGUUCGAGCCCUCAGCGACGGUGGUCUGCUUGUCCUUCUCAACGGGCGAAGUCACAACGUUUACUGGAAGGAAGAAGUGGGCGCGACUCGAUUGAGCGUCGACAGCAAGACUUGCCUUCUUGAACAAGAAAACGACCCCACCCAGCUUCGAACACCUUCUCCAGGAAAGCUGGUGAAAUUCACUGUCGACAACGGAGAGCACGUCAAGGCUGGUGAACCCUUCGCUGAGGUUGAAGUUAUGAAGAUGUACAUGCCUCUGCUUGCCCAGGAGGAUGGUAUUGUGCAACUCAUUAAGCAGCCAGGAGCAACUCUCGAGGCUGGUGACAUUCUUGGUAUACUGGCUCUUGACGACCCUUCUAGAGUCAAGCACGCUCAGCCUUUCCUCGGCCACCUUCCGGACCUUGGACCACCACAAGUUGUUGGUACCAAGCCCGCCCAGCGAUUCCUUCUGCUCCACAACAUUCUCAAGAAUAUCCUGGAUGGGUUUGACAACCAAGUCAUUAUGGCUUCGACUCUCAAGGAGCUGAUCGAUGUUCUGCGUGACCCUGAAUUGCCAUAUGGUGAAUGGAAUGCCCAGUUCUCAGCUCUGCACUCCAGAAUGCCUCAACGCCUUGAUGCCCUUUUCACCCAAAUCGUGGACCGCGCGAAGUCACGCAAGGGUGAGUUCCCGGCUAAGAACCUCUCAAAGGCCCUUCAGAAGUUUUUGGACGAGAAUGUCGCUCCGGGCGAUGUUGCUCUCCUCAAAGGUACUCUCGCCCCCUUGACGGAUGUCUUGGAGAGAUAUGCGGAGGGCCAGAAGGUCCACGAGUUUGCUGUUUUCUCGGGCCUACUAGAGCAAUAUGCCUCCGUCGAACGACUGUUCUCUGGUCGGACGGCUCGUGACGAAGAAGUCAUUCUGAAGCUCAGGGAUGAGAACAAGGACGAUAUUUUCAAGGUCAUUCAAGCCGUGCUCUCUCACAGCAGAAUCGGUGCCAAGAACAACCUCAUCCUUGCUAUUCUCGAGGAGUACAAGCCAAGCAAACCAAACGCUGGCAAUGUUGCUAAAUACUUCCGUCCUGCUCUCCGAAAGCUCACCGAAUUGGAGUCACGGCAGACUGCCAAGGUCUCAUUGAAGGCAAGGGAAGUCCUCAUCCAGUGCGCUCUGCCUUCGUUGGAGGAACGUGCCGCUCAAAUGGAGCACAUUCUGCGUUCUUCAGUAGUGGAGUCAAGAUAUGGCGAGACUGGGUGGGAGCACCGGGAACCCGACCUUGAGGUUCUUAAGGAGGUCGUGGAUUCCAAAUACACUGUCUUCGAUGUACUGCCCAUAUUUUUCGGCCACCAGGACCCCUGGGUGUCCCUAGCCGCUCUGGAAGUUUACAUCCGACGAGCAUACCGUGCUUACUCGCUGAAGAAAAUCGAAUAUCACAACGAGACAGCCGAAUCUCCUUUCAUCGUCUCUUGGGACUUUGUUCUGCGUAAGGUUGGCAUCUCGGAAUAUGGCAUGCCCGUCCAAUCGUCCGCCCCAUCCACGCCCGCGACCCCUUCAUAUGAGGGUAGCAACCCAUUCAAACGUGUCAGCUCGAUCAGUGACAUGUCCUACUUAGUCAACAACCCCGAAAAAGAGCCAACGAGAAAGGGUGUCAUCGUUCCGGUUCAGUACCUCGAUGAGGCUGAAGAGUACUUGAUGCGAGCACUUGAGGUUUUCCCUGUUGCCGGCGACCGGAAGAAGAGCUACCCAAACAACGGGCUGAUGCCGGAUCUUGGUGGCAAGCGCAAGGCACCCCCGCCAAGAUUGGACAGCGACGAUGAGCUUUCUGCGGUCUGCAAUGUCGCAAUUCGUGAUUCUGAAAGUCUCGAUGACACCGAGAUGCUUGCCCGGAUUCAGCUCAUUGUCAAGGAGUACAAGGAGGAGCUGUUGGCUCGCCGCAUUCGCCGUUUGACAUUCAUUUGCGGUCACAAGGAUGGAUCAUAUCCUGGCUACUACACUUUCCGCGGCCCCGAAUAUGAGGAAGAUCAGAGUAUUCGUCACAGCGAGCCAGCCUUGGCCUUCCAGCUUGAACUUGGAAGACUCUCGAAAUUCAAUAUCAAACCCGUCUUCACCGAGAACCGCAACAUCCACAUCUAUGAGGCCAUUGGCAAGGAUGUUCAAAGUGACAAGCGUUACUUCACCCGAGCCGUCGUGCGUCCUGGUAGACUUCGGGAUGAGAUCCCAACUGCCGAGUAUCUGAUCUCCGAGUCUGAUAGAUUAAUGAAUGAUAUCUUGGAUGCUCUCGAGGUUAUUGGAAACAACAAUUCCGAUCUCAACCAUAUCUUCAUCAACUUCUCCCCAGUUUUCCCUCUCCAACCUCCUGAGGUUGAGAAGGCACUUGGCGGGUUCCUGGAGCGUUUCGGCCGUCGUCUUUGGCGCUUGCGUGUCACUGGUGCUGAAAUCCGCAUUAUCUGCACUGAUCCCACCACCGGCAUGCCAUAUCCUCUCCGCGUUGUCAUCACGAACACAUCUGGCUAUGUGAUCCAAGUUGAGAUGUACGCCGAGCGCAAAUCCGAGAAAGGUGGUGAAUGGGUCUUCCAGAGCAUUGGAGGCACUACAAAGAUUGGAUCCAUGCACUUGCGACCUGUAUCAACGCCAUACCCGACAAAGGAAUGGCUCCAGCCAAAGCGAUACAAGGCUCACCUCAUGGGCACUCAGUAUGUCUACGAUUUCCCCGAGCUUUUCAGGCAAGCCAUUCAGAACAGCUGGACCAAAGCUGUCAGUAAACACUCAUCCUUGGCGGACAAGCAACCCCCGACUGGCGAGUGCAUUGACUACAGUGAGCUCGUCCUCGAUGACCAAGAUAACCUCGCCGAAGUCAUUCGUGAGCCAGGUACCAACACUCACGGUAUGGUUGGAUGGCUCGUGACUGCUAGGACUCCUGAGUAUCCCCGUGGCCGGAAGUUCGUCAUUGUUGCAAACGACAUCACCUUCAAGAUUGGUAGUUUCGGACCCAAGGAAGAUUUAUUCUUCCACAAGUGCACGGAACUCGCAAGGAAGCUUGGUAUUCCUCGCAUCUACCUUUCUGCCAACUCUGGUGCUCGUAUUGGUAUGGCUGAGGAACUCAUUCCGCACUUCAACAUUGCCUGGAACGAUCCAGAGAAGCCAGAGCUUGGAUUCAAGUAUCUCUACCUCGAUGCCGAGGCAAAGAAACGGUUCGAGGAUGGCAAGACACGGGAUGUUAUCACCGAGGAGGUGACGGAAGAUGGUGAGACGAGAUACAAGAUCACUACCAUCGUCGGUGCCGAGGAUGGUCUUGGUGUCGAAUGUCUGAAGGGCUCCGGUUUGAUUGCUGGUGCUACAAGCAGAGCCUACGAGGACAUCUUCACCAUUACUUUAGUGACGUGUCGAUCAGUCGGUAUCGGUGCAUAUUUGGUCCGCUUGGGUCAGCGUGCCAUCCAAAUUGAAGGCCAGCCCAUCAUUCUGACUGGUGCUCCUGCCCUCAACAAGGUCCUCGGUCGUGAAGUCUACACUUCUAACUUGCAACUCGGUGGCACUCAAAUUAUGUACAAGAAUGGUGUCUCACAUAUGACCGCCAACGAUGAUUUCGAGGGUGUCUCCAAAAUUGUUGAGUGGAUGGCGUACGUUCCAGACAAGAGAAACAACCCGCUUCCGAUCGGACCUGCUGUCGACUCGUGGGACCGGGAUAUCGUCUACUCACCACCACCGAAGCAAGCGUACGAUGUGAGACACCUGAUUGCCGGCGUGGAGGACUCUGAAGGUUACCAGUCUGGUCUCUUUGACAAGGACUCGUUCGUUGAAUCUCUUGGUGGCUGGGCCAAGACUGUGGUCGUUGGUCGUGCUCGACUUGGUGGUAUCCCCAUGGGUGUCAUUGCUGUUGAGACUCGCUCAGUCGAGAACAUCACUCCUGCUGAUCCUGCAAACCCCGAUUCUGCCGAGCAGAUUACCAUGGAAGCAGGUGGUGUCUGGUAUCCCAACUCCGCUUUCAAGACCGCUCAGGCGAUCAAGGAUUUCAACAAUGGUGAACAGUUACCAUUGAUGAUCUUGGCCAACUGGAGAGGUUUCUCUGGUGGACAGAAGGACAUGUACAAUGAAGUUCUCAAGUAUGGAUCUUACAUUGUUGACGCUCUUGUCAAGUACGAGCAGCCGAUCUUUGUCUACAUCCCUCCCUUUGGAGAGUUGCGAGGUGGUUCAUGGGUGGUCGUCGAUCCAACCAUCAACCCCGAGUUCAUGGAGAUGUACGCUGAUGAAGAUGCCCGUGGUGGUGUUCUUGAGCCAGAAGGUAUUGUCAACAUUAAGUACCGCCGUGAUAAGCAGCUUGAGACCAUGGCACGCCUGGAUCCGGAAUACGGUGCGCUGCGUAGACAGUUGGCCGACCCAUCUCUGAGCAAGGAGCAAAUGAAUGAAGUCAAGGCCAAAGCGACUGCUCGCGAGCAACUUCUGUUACCAGUUUACAUGCAAGUCUCGUUGCAAUUUGCGGAUCUCCACGACCGGGCCGGACGCAUGAAGGCCAAGAACACUAUCAGACAAGAACUUCAGUGGAGAGAGGCUCGCCGAUUCUUCUACUGGCGUGUGCGUCGUCGUGUGAACGAAGAGUACAUCUUGAAACGCAUGUCAACUUCCAACAAGAACCCGCUCACGACCCGAGCCCGCAACCUGGAGACACUGGCAGCCUGGACCGGCAUCCCCAACUUUGCUACUGCUGAUCGCGAUGUUGCCAUGUGGUAUGAGGAGAACCGGAAGACGGUCCACGAGAAGGUGGAGGCGUUGAAGACGGAGAGUGUCGCAUUUGAUGUCGCUAGUCUGUUGAGAGGCAACAGCAAGGGUGGUUUGAAGGGUGUUCAGCAAGUUCUCAGCAUGUUGCCCGCUGAAGAGAGGGAAGAGGCGCUCAGAUAUUUGAGCCAGGCUUAG